UCCUUAGUGCCUCUCGGUACACGUCAUGCCACAACAGCCUCUUUCACUGCGCAUGCGCUGCUCAGGAUCCUUCGCUGUCUGCGACUGGAAGGAGAUUCCACGUGUUCGUAUCCAGGUGAGCAUUAUGUUGAUGAUGAUGCUGCGCGCGUGUGUGCUGCUGGCUGUGCUCGUGCUGGGCUCAGGAGAGGAGGGAGCCCGUCUGCUGGCCUCCAAGGCCCUGCUGAACCGGUACGCUGUGGAGGGCCGAGACCUGACCCUGCAGUACAACAUCUACAACGUGGGCUCCAGUGCUGCUCUGGAGGUGGAGCUGUCUGACGAUUCCUUCCCUCCCGAAGAUUUUGGGAUUGUUUCGGGAAUGCUGAACGUGAAAUGGGACAGGAUUGCUCCAGCCAGCAACGUCUCUCACACGGUGGUGCUGCGCCCCCUAAAGGCCGGAUACUUCAACUUCACCUCGGCCUCCGUCAGCUACCUCGCCCAGGAGGGAGGACAGGUGGUGGUGGGCUACACCAGUGCUCCUGGACAGGGCGGUAUUCUGGCUCAGAGGGAAUUUGACCGGCGCUUCUCUCCACAUUAUCUGGACUGGGCUGCAUUCGGUGUGAUGACUCUGCCCUCCAUCGGCAUCCCUCUGCUCCUCUGGUACUCCAGCAAGAGGAAGUAUGACUCUCCGAAGGCCAAGAAGAACUGAAGAGCCUGGGUACUGGGUUUGUGGCUUGGGGAGGAAGGAACUGGGUUGUGGGUCAGGAUCUCUGCGGAGCUUAAUAACCCAUAUUGGGAGUGAAGAUGAACAGUGACCAAGAAACGUGCGGCGUGGUUACAGAACAUGAUCACAGCAGGAGUCCAAGCUUCAUCCAGAACAUCUGUUCGAACCUGGAUUCACAUGUGACAUGUAGCCAUUCAUUGAACUUCAAAUGACAUCAAUAAACCCCCCCCCCCCCUUUUUUUUUUU